CGAGCCCCUGCAUGCAAAUCACGUCUCCGCUCGAGCCUCUCCAUUGGCCGUCUCUCGCUCAUUUAGCUGCUGUCAAAGCGCGCGGCCCGGGCACGCUCCGGUAACUUUUCCCAGUACAGCUUCAACCAAAGUAAGCUCAAACAACCGUUUUUUUAUUCUUCUCGUGGCGCUCGCGGAUGACAGGAAAAAAGGGCGAAAAGGGGAAGUGCGGAGCAAGUUUACCUCUGAGUGGAUUUCACCCUGAGACUACAGCACCUUUUCAUCCCCCUCUCUCUGUUUUCUGUCACUCUUUAUCUCCCUCUUCCUCGGAGGUUUAGCUGCGCGCGGGCCAGCCUGAAUGUUUCUGUGUGUUUGACUGUGAAGUUUUGUCCUACUAAGACGAGGUGAAUGUACAGCAUCAUGAUGGAAACGGACUUACAUUCCCCCGUGGUGCCCCAGACCAACCCAUCCAACCCGGGGGGACACGGCGGAGGCGGGGGGGCCGGAGGCAAAGUCCCCCAGGAGAGGAUCAAGAGACCCAUGAACGCCUUCAUGGUCUGGUCCCGGGGCCAGCGGAGGAAAAUGGCACAGGAGAACCCUAAGAUGCACAACUCUGAGAUCAGCAAGCGGCUGGGCGCGGAGUGGAAGGUGAUGACCGAGGCGGAGAAGAGACCGUUCAUCGACGAGGCGAAGCGGCUCCGGGCCAUGCACAUGAAGGAACACCCGGACUACAAGUACCGGCCGCGGAGGAAGACCAAGACGCUGCUGAAGAAGGACAAGUACUCGCUGGCCGGCGGGCUCCUCGGCUCCUCCGCGGGCGUGGGGAUGGGCGGCGGGCAGCGGCUGGAGAGCCCCGGAGGCGGCCACGCGGGGAACGCAGGCUACGCCUCGCACGUGAACGGCUGGGCGAACGGCACGUACUCUGGCCAGGUGGCUGCCGCGGCUGCGGCGGCUCACGCGAUGAUGCAGGAGGCGCAGCUGGCUUACACGCAACACCCGGGCACCGGGGCUCACCCGCACCACCCGCACCCGCACCACCACCCGCACCAUCACCCGCACAACCCGCAGCCCGUGCACAGGUACGACAUGAGCGCCUUAUCUUACAGCCCCAUCUCAAACUCUCAGAGCUACAUGAGCGCCUCUCCGCCGGGCUACGGCGGGAUCACCGGCUACACUCACCAGCACCAGAGCUCCGGUGUUUCCCCGGUGUCCGGAGCGAUCGGAGGGACUCUGGGGUCCCUCGUGAAAUCUGAGCCUAGCGUGAGCCCACCGGUUUCCACCGCGCGCGCGCCGCCACCGUGCCCUACGGGGGACCUGCGGGACAUGAUCAGCAUGUAUCUGCCGACCGGCGAGGCGGUGGGGGACUCCUCCGUUCAGAGCAGACUGCACGUGCUCCACCCGCAGCACUACCAGAGCAGCGGCUCCACUCCGGUAAACGGGACGGUUCCUCUGACUCAUAUUUAAAUCUCUAAAUGUACUAUAAGCACUACAAACCACAACCAAAUAUUUAAACUCUAGAUGUGGGCGCAGGCUGCUGCUGAAUUGUAAAUUAUAGGCGGUUAUAGCCAUAAAAAUGCAAUCACUUUGAACAAAAACUUUUUUAUUGUUAUUAUUUUUAUUUUCUUUCAGUGAUGGAUUUUUGUCUGUCCGAGUUUAAGGAAAGCGCAUCUGAUUUACUUUUGCUCUCUGGAACAGAGCAUGCCAAGUUUUGACACGAUUUAAAUUAUAAUCCGUGAAGGCUGGUGCGUUUUUUUGUUGUUGUUUUUUUUUUUUUAAGGUUAUUUUUUUCCUCCCGACUUUUCUGUGGAAUUAAAGGCACCAGCUGUGUGUUUGGGGAACCUGUUUAAAGAGGGAACCGUAUAAUAAAAGGAGGGCAGUGUGGAAGAUGUGUUUUUAAAAAAAAGUUUCUUGGCUGCAAUUUAAAUUGAUUUCCAGUUUUAAUGCUUGUAAACAUGUGAGUCAGUCGGUGUAAUUUGAAUUUGUUUUUGUUGUUGUAAAAUCUUGUAAAUUGUGAAUAAAUAGGCCUACUGAAAACGCUUUUAUGCAAUUGUACAUAAUUUACAAAAAAUACCGAGCCCACAUUUUCGGGUUGAAGACUAAACGAUUUUGCGCUGAGUUUAAUACAUUUUCCAAUAAUUUAAUCUUGAAAAUGUUUGCAGGAGAUUUAAGCAGGCUGCAUCUCCAAUAUCUUUACAUGUAACACAUCCCUGAAAUAUAGAUAUAAAUACAAUCAUAAUACUGUAUCUUUACGGGUUUAAUUAAGUCUCGGCAAACUGUCAAAAUCUGAUCAAAAAUGCAAAUGACAAAAAAGAAGAAUAUUACAUUAGAAACACUACAGACAGGCAUGAUUUCUCAUCUUACUGACGCCAUUAAAAAGAAGGUGUUAUUUAUCAGUCGGGUUCUUAAUUGAUUAUUUCUCUUAUAACUGAAAAUGAUCAGAUUUUGCUUUUUAUUCUGAUCGAUUUUUUUUUUAGCAGAAAAUGAGUUAAACCGUUCAAACUGGCAUAAUACACUUUAAUCAAUAUACAUUCAUGUUGGAGAUAAUUGAGACUAAGAUGUUUUAAUUUGAAAAUGAAUGGGCUACACAGGCCUGCAUUCUUCUCCUGAAAUUAUAACAUAUAUUUUUCUUUGUUUACUUCUACCUUUUCCUGCCCUAGGAAUUUCUGAUCCCUGUAAUUGUAUCAUGAUGUUUAAUAUAGUUUCUGACAUCCUGUAAGUCAAAGGCUGCAGUAAACACUUGUUGGUUGACGUAGAAGAAUUUACAAAAUAUCAGCCUAAUAAUGUCCUCAUUUUACAUUUAUCUACGUUUAUUAAUGUGAAACAGGCUCCACUUUCUCCAUAAGACUCGCACUUUAUUUUACACAAUAAUUAAUGUCAACAUACUUUUAAAAUAUAAAACUAAUUUACCGGGGAUGUAUUCCAUUUUCUUGAAAUACAUUAUGUUAUACGCUGAUUUCUUAUUUUCUCUCACUGUUUCUUGCAAGUUGUGAUAUUUUUCAAAGGCUAAAUCAUGAGCUAGCCUCUCUGUUUCCUGUAUUUAUGGAAUCAUCUGCACCUAAAAAUAUCUACUCCUCACAAUGAGAAGGCCUCUCUGUCAUCUGAUCCUGUUUUUAUCUCAAACUCUAGCAGAGUUAUUCAUCAUCUCCAGUACCUUUUGGUUAAUUUUAACAUUUGAAAUUUAGUUUCUAACCUUGACAGUGAGUCUGACUUACAUAAACUGAAAUAUUAUAUUAUGGUGUUGGUUCACAGGCCAAGCAAAGCAAAGUUUCUCUUCUUUUUAUUUAUUUAUUUUUUUACCUCCCUGCAGGGUCAUGACCUCGCUAAUCUAGAUCUGAAGCAAAAGUAAAUCCGACAACAAGAGUAUCCAGUGGUCAAUGAACUACUAAUUCUUCAACUGGCCUCAAUUGGGCCCACUUCAACCCCCCUGCCUCCACCUGGGCCCCUCUACUCCAACACAGGUCCUCAAACCUUAGCCCACUCCUGACCCCCCUCCCUCCCCUCCCCACCCUCAGCAUCAAAUGCCUGCAUCUGUGCGUAUGUAACUCUCCAGGUUGUUAAAUUAUUUCCUUCUUUAGAUUUGAUGGCUGAAUCACUGGAGGGCCCCCCUCCUCCGAGGUAGGGAGGAGAGGAAUGAAAGAGCAGAGAGGAGGAGGAGGAGGAGAAGGAGGAGGAGGAGGAGGAGGAGGGAGAAGGCGAGGAGAGGAGGUUUUUGUGUUGGAGGAGAAUGGGGGAUUAGUCCUGGUGUAAGCCGGGGGCAACCCGGGGGUCACCCCUAACAAAAAGCCCCGCAAACAACACCCCUGGUUUUAUCAGACUAAUUCCCACUCGGGUCUGGACUUAAAAACACAAGAGGCCAAUGUGGAUGCAAAUAAAGCUGUUUCCAGGGACGUCAGGUGUUUAAACUGAAUGUUUUUAUCAUUAUUUUAAGUUAAAUUUCAUGUUUAAAUGUCUUUGUUUUUGCUUUUUGGUUAAAACUGGGACUGAUAUGUGAGGGGUUUAUCUCCAGAAAUGAUUUACUCAUUUAAUACAUAAACUGAAAAAUCCAACAAACCUGUAUAAAUAUGAGGAUAAGGUCAUUUUAAAGGGAUAAUGCAUAAAUGUUUUCCUGAUUUCUGGUGGUUGUUAAGAAAAGACAUAUUUACAGUAACCACCUUUUUAACUACGACUGCAUUUUACUCCUGCAUGAUUGAUGACAAUAAAUGUGAAUUCUUGUUUUCUCAUCAUUUUAGAUGAUUUUGCUUCACUGUUUUAAAGAUAAAUGAAGUGGACUGAAUUCUGAUUUUACCAGAACUAAUAAUUGAUUAAUUGGACAGUGAGGAAAUUAACAGCCAGACUGAGAGGCUGUGAAAGGUUUGUUGUUCAGACGAGGCAGAGAGGUUAAAGGUUUCUGAAGUAUUUAUAAACUCCACUUCCUCGUGGGAGGAAAGGGGAUUUUAAACAUAAAUAAAUAAGACAGAAUGA